GCUGAUCGUUGUUUGAUGAGGACGGGAGACAAGAAAAAACUCAAGGUUAUGCUGACAGACAGAGGUAGAUAUAUACGUAGAGGCUGUAGAGACUGCACUCUCGCCUACGGACCCCUGACCUAUGCAUUCAAUCUCUGCCAUGCCGAUUCUGCUAUCAUCCACUUUGGUGAGUCUAUCACCCCUUCGGAUGUCGUCACUGGUCAAGGGUCUUAGAAUAGCGAUGGGCAUUUUCUCUCCUCUCAUCUCAUUGGCGAGUGGUAUCUGGGCACAAAAUCUUGGCGGACCAAGAUGGCACACUCCGGAAUGGGUACCAGCAGGAUGGAUUCAGGUAGGAUUUGCGGUAAUUGCUUCACAGAGCUUGACUUCGAAGUUCCUUCCAUAUCAAGCGAUAGUGGAACUAUCACCGUGCGUUACAAUCCACCAACGUGGGUGUCAGGCAGCUAGACUAGGGCUCCCAGUGAAGGAACUUAGCCCCCGCAUGGCAGUUCAUGGUAGAGCCGUCGAUCACAAUGUUACCUACUUGACCCCAUGCCCCAAAGCCUAUUUAGGCCUAUUUAGGUCCAUUUGUGCCGAAAUAGUGCAUCCUCUCUAUGUUAAGCGCAUCUUUGGCGUCCGCCUCGUCCGUUGCCGCUAGGAGAUGGAUGAAUUUAAGCUUAUCCGUUCGUGCUGGCGCCUCAAAUCCCAUCAGACUCAGGCUCAAAAGAAGCUAUCGUGUGGCCAGCUGUCAUACGUCCUCCAUCCACCAGGA